CAGAAUUGAAAACUCGAAAAGUCAAACUUCUCUGCUCUGCGAUAUAUUAAAAAAAUCAUUACAGAAUUAUUUUUUUCAGACAAAAGGGUUAAUUUUAUUGUGUUAAUAUCAACAUAAACUAAUAAACAAUUGCUUAGAAUUAAAAUUUCACAAAUAACAAAAAGAAAACCAAACAAAUUUAGCCCAUAGAUGUACAAAUAUAUAAUCUUAGACGAAGUCAAAUAAAAAGAAAGAUGUGGGAUUCCUCGAUGUUUUUGAGUACACUCACUCCGAAAUUUUAUGUUGCACUCACCGGUACUUCCAGUUUAAUAUCUGGAUUAAUCCUUAUAUUCGAAUGGUGGUAUUUUCGCAAAUAUGGUACAUCAUUUAUUGAACAAGUUUCGAUUAACCACAUUAGUCCGUGGAUAAAUGGCAGUGACAAUCAGUCGGAAACAAAUGGUACAAAUGGAGGACAACAAAUGCCAGAGUGUAAAGUUUGGCGCAAUCCUUUGAAUUUAUUUCGUGGAGCUGAAUAUCAGAGAUUCUAUUGGACAACUAAUAAGGAACCGCUGACUUACUAUGACAUGAAUUUGAGUGCACAAGAUCACCAAACCUUUUUUACAUGCGAAGGUGAUGCUGGUAAAGCUGAGUACGAGAUCAUGCAAACAGCUUGGCGAGAACGAAAUCCUGUGGUUCGAAUAAAAGCUGCUCACAAUGCAUUAGAAUUAAAUACAGAAUGUGCACCAGCAUACAUUCUUCUAGCCGAGGAGGAAGCCACAACAAUUCUUGAGGCAGAGAAAAUUCUUAAAACAGCACUUAAAGUUGCCGAAACAAAUUAUAGAAAGUCACAAGCAACACAGCAUCAGGGUGCCAUAGCUGAGGGUAUGCACCGUCGUGAUACGAAUGUUUUAAUUUAUAUAAAACGUCGUUUGGCAAUGUGCGCCCGCAAGUUGGGCAAACUUAAAGAAGCAUCAAAAAUGUUUCGUGAUCUGACAAAGGAGAUUCCGUCGAUCAUGAAUGUGUUGAAUAUCCAUGAGAAUCUAAUCGAAACUCUUCUUGAAAUGCAAGCGUAUGCAGACUGUCAGGCGGUAUUAGCCAAAUAUGAUGACAUUUCGUUGCCAAAGUCGGCGGCAAUUUGUUACACAGCAGCGCUCCUUAAGGCCAGAGCUGUGGCCGAUAAAUUCUCGCCGGACAUUGCAUCGAAACGUGGCCUCAGUCCGGCUGAGAUGAGUGCCGUUGAAGCGAUUCAUAGAGCAGUGGAGUUUAACCCACAUGUUCCCAAGUAUCUGCUAGAGACCAAGCCACUCAUUCUUCCGCCAGAGCAUAUACUCAAACGCGGUGAUUCGGAAGCGCUCGCUUACGCGUUCUUUCAUCUCAAGCAUUGGAAGAAUGUCGACGGAGCACUCAAUCUACUACAUUGUACAUGGGAGGGAACGUUUCGAAUGCUGCCGUAUCCCCUUGAACGAGGCCACCUCUUUUAUCCGUAUCCAACAUGCACCGAGUGUGCUGAUCGUGAACUUCUACCAACGUUCCAUGAAGUUUCGGUGUAUCCCAAAAAGGAACUGCCGUUCUUCAUUUUGUUUACCGCAGGUCUGUGUUCAUUCACAGCACUUUUGGCGCUACUGACCCACCAGUACCCCGAACCGAUGGGCAUAAUUGCACAAACUGUACUUAAUUGGAUCUCGUAUCCGUUUCAGCUGAUCAAGGAACGAAUCGAGGCUAUUUGGCCUUGCAAUCUCCUGCAACAACUGUCAAGAAUUUAGGGACUUUCGACUAUCUUGAGGCUUGAGAGGGCAAAAUGACAGCGAUGAAUUAAAAAGCGCUACAACAAAUGCAUUUAAUGUGAUUUUGUUUACAUACAGAUUAAUCUCUUCUACGCCAUAAAACAGGUGUUUUUUAUUAUUUUUUUUUCUUUUGUAACGACAUUAAUUUAUUUGAUCGAGAACAAGACUCGCCUCUUCAUAUUUCUUUCUUUUUAUGUUAACUGUGUGUUCUCUUACGAAUCUCGUUUUCCUAUACUCUAUUACUCGUAUAAUUUAGAAUAUUGUGUAUUUUGUUUGUUAUUCUUAUCCAGUGUUUGACAGCAAAAAUAAUUUAAAAAUUCUUACUCCUAGCACUGGUUUAUUUAAAGCAAACGAAUUCGAAAAACGUAUUGGAGCCCUUUGGUGACAAACAAAACAUUAUUGUGUCUAAAUUGUGUUUGACUAACGGUUUAGAUCUUUAUUUAGGAGACUAGCGUGCGCUAAAUGGCAUUAUUUAGAAUGACAAAUUUUAGUUUUAUGUUUUUUAUAUCUUAAUUUAUUGUAAAAUAUCAAUGCGUGUUAAUUUAUUUUCACUUACUAAAUAUGUAUGUAAGUGUAAUACAAAAAAAUAAAUGAUAAAUGUCCAUUUCAAUAAGUAAACGUUU